CGACGAUAUCUUCAGUCUGUUCGUGCGCGUGUUUCGUUUAUAGAUUCGUCUUGUUCUAUGCAGGGAUAUUUUUCAUCGGUUUUAGAUAGGUUGGCCAGCAAAUAAUCAUCGUAAUCCCCAAGAAAACGAUCAAGGAGAAAACGCCAUCGAUGCUUUCAUAAUAAUAUACUUUUUAACGAAUCCGAUUCUCGCAAUUAUUUCCAUUGCAAAUCUGAUAGUGCAAAUGACGUUUCGAGGUGAGAUCCCGGUUGAUCCUCAAGCAAAGCAGCAACAGCAAAGCAACGGACGGGGUAGUUCGUAAUUCUGGAGGUGAGAUUAUCGGCACCAUUACGACGCUCGAGGGAGAAAUUCCGUCGCGACACCGACGGAAGAUCGAUGCGGUCGGACCGGGUUCGCCACGAAGAAUGGCGAUUCCGGCCGGCAGAAACUUUGCCAGUUGCUAUAUGGAAUUGUGUAAGCAGCAACGAUUACGACCGUUGCCGGUGAUAUGUGUGACCUUGCCACAUAAUCUGGACUUUACUACCGAUCGUAUCAAAAUGGACGACUGGAGACCGAUCUUGAACUCACUUUCCCUCGAUCGCUCGCUCAAAUCGAUCAGCGUGCAUAGCAGGUAUCAAUGUCGCAAACCAUUAGAAGAGAUUAAUUCCGAGGACAAAGCGCGAGCAAUGGGUAAAGCUCCGGUGGUUCUCACACGUUAUUUGUUGGAGUGGCUGUCACAAAGUAUCGGCCAAUGUGUAAGGAAUUCACCCAAUCUCACGCACUUAGAACUCGAAGGUAUCCCAUUUCCACCGGAUUGCAUUGCGGUGCUCUGCGUUGGCCUGUCGGGAACACAGACUUUACAUCAUUUAUCUCUUCGACGUUGUUACAUCGGGGACAACAGCUGCGAAUUGAUCUGCCGAACGAUAGCGGAUAUUCGCAGCGUGAGGUCAUUGAAUCUCAGUUACUGUGAUCUCACACCGAGCAGCGGCAGCGCAUUAGCAUCCGCACUCUCAAGACAGAAAUUGGCAUUGUACCACGAUACCUGGAAACAAUCGCUGAGGUAUCGCGAGCCCAAUUUCGAGACGAUGCCUGGGCUACGUCGGCUGACUUUGAACGAUAAUCCACAUCUGGGGAAUUGCGCCGUUAUGGAAAUGAUUGAAGCAAUACGCGAUAGUUUGUGGAUGAAAGCGCUGGAUCUUCAGCAUUGUGGCUUGACGGAUCAAAUCGGCGCGGAUUUACUGAACUUACUUGAUCAGAAUAGCACGCUGACAGUGCUCGACGUGAGGAAGAACGUGAAUCUAAACGACGAGCUCGCGACGGAGGUGAUGAGAAGAUUAGUGAAGAAUGAUGUUGAGGGAAAAUCGGAAUAUAAGUGGAUGGGAUUAACGCCAAAGGAUAAGAAAAUCGCAUCGACCGAUACUCGAAGAGGUAGGGAGAACGAGGACACUGCGAAGCUUUUGAGAGCGCGAAGUGUCUUUACUAAAUACACAAAGCGACCAUGUCAGAUAAUUCCACCAAGAAGGACAGUUCCAAUAUCGCUUCUGUCGACAAAAAUGAAGAUUCGACCUUUACAGCCAGACUUUCGCGAUAUAACUCAACAACGUGAUUCAAUUCAUUCGCAGAUUAUCAACAAUGUACGAACGAUACCCAAGGUUUCUCUUCAUUUAGAUCUUCAGUCUCGUAUCCAGCCCGUAGUGAAUCACGUCGAUUGCGAUGUCGGAGCACAAUCGAAACACAAAGAUAUCGUGCAAUGUGCCGACGAGACAAGUUUAAAGAGUUUUGAUUCUACUAAGGUAGAUGUUGGUAUGCAAAGUGUGGACCAGCAGAGUGAUUCAGAAGAAAUUCAAUGUAUUCUCAAGCAAUUGACGGAAGCUCAAGCAGAACACGAUCGUCUUCUGAAAGAGACCAAACGAACCGAUCUUUUACUUGUUGAAGAACGAGCACGCCGCGAAGCCGCCGAAGUGAAUCUGCGAUCGGCACAAGACAAUUUGGUCAAACUGGAAUGUGCUCUGCAGAAGAAAGAAAACGAGACUAGAGGUUACCUGCUAGUCAGCCAGCAGUCCUUGGAUGAGAUAUGCUUAUCUUUUGAUCGGCUUCUAGAGCUAUUGGAGAACGUUGCCGGCAAAUAUCCGUACGAUGGGACAUUGGAAUCGCAACAAAUCGUAAGCGCAGACAUUAAGCGAUGCAUAACAUCCGUCAUUAGGCAGACUAAAUCAGAGAACCUCAAACGGGGCUACAAGGUGGAUAUUGAAUUGCCGCAAUACAUCGUGGACGGUGCGCAAAAGUUUGUCAAAUCUGAGAGCGACGUAAGAUCGAUGAUGCCGAUCCCGGUAACAUAUCUUGAGAGGAAGAUUGGCGAGUGUCCGGAGAAUAAUGAACUGCACCAUCGGUGUCGCGACGUCGAUAAGCCGAUGUCGUCCGUUGAUCGAGCCCGAGCGAUCUUCGCAAGUAUCAUUAGCGGCGAGGCUAUUGACUUAUGCUAGCCGUGAUCGAGCGGCUGAAUUCGUCGAUUGUACAAAGACAAUCUAGUCUACAAUACAAUAUAGUAAAGUCUCUAUUUGGAAGUUUCACACAUGAGACGUAUAAUAUAUACACACACACAUAUUUUGUACACGUAUAUUAUACAUGAAUAUACUGUGUGCAGAGAGCACACACGUAGAGAUGCUGCGUUUUUAACCCUUCUAUUACUUAAGGGAUACUCCAUUUUCGUGCAAUUUCUUUGCUAUUAGUUUCGAUUUGAAUAUCAUAAACUUCUAAGUGAAGUGUCGUAAAAACACGUAAGAGGCUCUUCUUUAGAUAUUUAUUAAUAGACGUCUUUACUUUGGUGUGCUAUU